AUGUUGUCGUAUGUAUACUCCUCCGAGGAGAGCGACUCCUCCGACGAGGAGGAGGAAGAGGAAUGGAACUCCUCUGACGAGCUGGACGGGGAAGGGUUCCAGGACUUGUCCACCCCCCUAUCUAAGGAGUAUGCCAUUGAGACUACGAAGGGGAAUGGAAACAUGACAAACGAGAUCUCCGAGGAUAAUGGAAGCCAUGAAGAAAGCCCAAGAUUGUCCGACAGCACCAAUAGCCGCAUAAAUACGUUUGACGUAAGCAGGGAGUGCACGCCGUCUCAAGAGAAUGGCCAUGAAGAUGAGGUGUUCCUCUACGCGAUUGAGAAUUCUGAGAUUGAGCACGUCGGUUGGCAAGGCAAUCCCAAUGGUCAAACGACGAUACGUCCCUCUGGCGCAUGCAAGCGCAAAUUGGAAGCAGAAGAAACUGUAGAGGAACAUGAAGACAGUGACGGCAACAACGAGAACCCGCGGACGACUAAGCGGGUAUGCAUUGCCCAAACGCCCCAACAGGAGGCCGACGGGGAUGAAGUUCGUCUUCUCGAGACGAUUAUACAAGAUCCUGUGGAGUUCUUGGCUGGCAGGAUCAACCACUGCGGCAACGGCUCUGUUCGCAACGAUGACAUGCCGAUCAUGAGCAGAAGUGAUCAGCAGAAUAGUGAGCAGCUAUAUUACCAGCUCGAGCUGAUCUGUGAGCUUUCUCGAAUGGGGCCAGCGAUUGCCAGCUCCGAUGCCCCCAUCUACGGUAGCAUCUGCCACGCCAUUUCGGGCAUGGCGAUGGCAGCUUUACAAGCAGCCGGCAGCGAGGGACUUCUGGACCGAUUCGAGUCGUGGCGCUCGGAGGCAAAGGAGGAGGUUGAGCUCCGUAGUCCUGAGAGGGCGAAUGAAGAGGUUGGCGUCUGGGAGGUUUCCGUUGGGAAACCUACCGGCGAGGACCUUGGGGACAUCUAUUCAAGGUCGGGUUAA